AUGAUUGGAAAAUGGAUUCUGAUGCUUGAUGACGAUGAGGCAAAGAAUGACAAGGAAGAAAAGAGUAAAAAUGACAAUGUGGGUUCAGCUACCAGCUGCGCCCAUCAUUAUAAACUUGGGGCGAGAAAAGAUGGCGUUUAUACCAUUGAUCCUGGUGGUCUGGGAUCGUUCCAAGUCUUGUGUGAUAUGAGCACAGACGGGAGUGGGUGGACCGUGUUUCAAAGAAGACAAGACGGAAGUCAAGAUUUCUACCUUGGAUGGUCAGACUAUAAAGCAGGCUUUGGAAAUUUUAGCGGCGAGUUCUGGUUGGGCCUUGAUAAAAUACAUCGUUUGUCUAAAUCUAAGCAAAAUGUCCUAAGAGUCGAUUUGAUGGAUUUCAAUGGCGUUAAACGUUACGCUAAAUAUGGAACGUUUAGUGUCGCUAAUGAAUCAGACAAAUACAGAUUGACUAUCAACAUGUAUUCAGGUGACGCAGGUGAUUCUCUUGCUUAUCACAAUCAAAGGCAGUUCUCUACCAAGGAUAAUGACAAUGAUGCUUGGAGAGAUAAUUGUGCCAAGAAGCGCAAAGGAGCUUGGUGGUACAAAAGUUGUCAUAAUUCUAACCUCAAUGGCCUGUAUCUGGCUGCAGGUCAGAAUAGUGGCAACGGAAUAAGAUGGAACAAGUGGCAUUUUUAUUCAAUGAAAAAGACCACGAUGAAAAUUCGUCCGAACCACAAUUGA